AUGUCUUGUGACGAUUUGUUGUUAACCAAUCAAAAGUCGAUUAAAGGUAGCAACAGUGAUUACUUUUAUUUUUACAAUAAUUUGGAGACCCACAUGGCGCUGAUAAGAGAUUCCGUUCGAACAGAGGCUUUCCGGGAUGCCAUCUUCGAAAACAGGGAGCUCUUCAAGGGGAAAAUAGUGCUGGAUGUGGGGUGUGGUACAGCAAUCCUCUCCCUCUUUGCCGCAGAGGCUGGAGCUAGCAAGGUUAUAGCCGUGGAGAACACCGACAUAGCAGAUCUUGCCUUGGAAAUCGUGAAGGACAACGAAAAGGAGCAUGUAAUCAAGGUGGUAAAGGGCUUGGUGGAGCAACUACAGCUUCCCGACGACAUUCAGAAGGUGGACAUAAUAAUUUCUGAGUGGAUGGGGAACGCUCUGUAUAUGGAGGGCAUGCUGAACUCUGUGCUUUUUGCCAGGGAUAAGUGGCUCGUACCCGGCGGCCUGAUCCUUCCUAGCGUGGCCAAUCUAUGGAUGAUUGGUGCCACAGACCCUCACCACACGGCCAACCUGAACUUCUGGCGCGACGUCGAAGGCAUCGACAUGAGCUGCUUAAGGAAGCCGGUCUCCCAAGCGCCCACUGUGGACUGCAUUCCUAUCCAGCAGCUGGUCACGGACGAAUGCUGGAUCCACUCCACCCAAUUAGACAGUGUCCGGAAUGAGCCAGUGGUCUUUCGCUCCAGCUUCGUGCUGACAGUCCAGCGCUCUGGUGUGAUCAAUGUCCUGGUUUUGUACUUCGACGUGGGAUUCUUCUACGGGAAUAGCCAGACCCCUGUGACCCUGUGCACGUCUCCACGCUCGCCCUGUACGCACUGGGAGCAGACCCUGCUCCACCUGGACGAGCCUCUAUUUGUCAAGGUCAAUGAUCGGGUGCGUGGCAUCCUGGCCAUGAUGCCUAGUGCUGCAGACGGUCGCUGCAUGAACUUUGAGCUGAGCAUUAGCUUCCGGGGAGAUCGCACCCGUGUGGAGAGCUUCAAGAGCUUCACCUCGGUCUGAUUUUGAGUGGGAAUUAGUGCCUUUGUCAUCCAAAGGCUUACGCAUAAAAAAAUA